AUGACGACUACCGACAUGAGCGAGGACAAGAUGUUGUUGCCUUUAUUCUCUGAGGAAGAUGUUGGGAACAUUCACAAGAUCCUUGGAUUCUCCUGCCUGGGUUCUUUUGCGUACCGAUACUACCACUUGCGAAACGAUGGCAACUUCGGGCCCAACCAUGGCACCCUGGUCUUUUUAGUGCAUCAUUUCCUCUUGCACGUGUCCAGUUUUAUCUUUGCAUUGCCCAAGAGACGAAUUCUCAGUGGGUAUCGAAUAUGGCCUGAAGCUCGACUCCAUGCCAUGGUCUUCACGUGUCGAUCUUUCGCCUUUAUGCUUCUGUUUUUCUAUGAAGACACGUAUCGGACACCCCACCACAAACCACCCUUGCAUUGGAUGAAUCUGGUGAUCAUACUAUGCACGCAUGCUUCUGCUGAUGCUGUUUCCAAUCUACAAGAAUAUCCGUCCAGAACUAUUCGAGAUUUGCAAUUUCCCGCCCUUUGGAAGUGGUUCUUUUCAACUGUUCAAUUUGUGGCUACUGGAGUAUGUCUGGUUGGAGCUAGAAGAUACAAUCCACACUUGAACUUCAUCUUUGUGAUUCAAUUCAAUGCAUUUCUAAUGACGCUAAGAAGACGCGACGUUGCGUCCCAUACAGUUUUAGUCUACGCCUAUGCAAUCAUCUUGAUUGUUGGGGUGGCAAUCACUAUUGCCGACGACAUGAACUCUCAUCUGAUGCAUUCGUCAGCCUGUCUUGGAAUUGCAGCGGCCAUGUUGCGUUUGAACCUGGGCGUGAACAAGUUUGUUCUUUGGACAGGGAUGAGUUUCGCAGUUCAUCAACUUCGGCAGGCCGAUUUGCUCAAAAGCACUGCGUAUUGGGCGGUGGCCCAUGCUCUGAGUUGGGCAGGUGCCAUGGCUCUGGGAUAUUACAAGACGAGCUUGGAUACAAAAUCAUUCACAGCAAAGGCCAAAGCCGUGUGA